AUGUUUUUAUUUAAUAAAAUUAAAAAUAAAAAAAAAAGAAGCAGAAAUAAUAAUAAUAAUAAUGACAAUAACAACAACCGCCACAGUCACCACAGCAACCACAAUAGCCACAAUAAUAUUAAUAAUAUUAAUAAUAAUAAUAGCAAUAAUAGAGACAUUAAUAAUAAUAGUUAUAAUGAAGUAAUUAAUAUUUUAUUUUAUAAAGUUUGGAAAAAUAAAUAUUUGAAAAAUAUAAUAUUAGGGUUUAUGUUAGAUUUGUCAAUAAAAUAUAAAGUAAACCAAGACAAAGAAUUUAAAGACACUCAAGAGUUUAUCAAUUUUCAAGAAAAGGAAUAUCUUUCAAAUGUUUGUAUCAGUUUUCAGAGUAGCGAUUUAGUUUUAACACAGAAAAAUAUUAAAUCAAUAAAUUAUUGUAAUUCAAUAUAUGAUGGGCCAGGUCAUUAUAAAUCACUUGAUGUUAUAAAUUCAAUAAAGAAUAUACCUCAGUGGCUAACUUCAGUAGAGCUGCCAUCAGGAUUUGAUAUCAGGUUAUUAGAGGGCUUAGACCAACUAGAGUCUUUAAAGAUUAUAAACUUUUCAUUUAAUCAAUUCAAAAUCGAAAAGAAUAUAUUACAAGACUCGAUUACAAAACUAUCGUUGGUCAACUAUGAAUCUGUAAUAAAUAGAGAAUGGGUGCCAUCAAAUUUAAAGAAGCUUGAUCUAAAAUAUUCCGAGUUGUAUAGGGUUCAAGUCGACUCGUUACCAGACUCUUUAACAGAUCUAUCAUUGUACAGUAACAAACACCAAUUUGAUUUUAAUUCAAGAUUUUUCACAAAAAAUUUGGUUUCUUUAAAAAUCCACAAUUUUUCCAACUUUGAAAUAGAACCAUCUUUCCAAUUCCCUGAAACCCUAACAUCUCUACACAUUGGCAUCAACGAAUUACCAAGAGGUUUUAAAUUUCCAAAAGGAAUGGAACAUUUAUUUUUAACUUUGUCAAAAGUUGUAAAUCCCAAAAAAACAGCGAAAAUAUUUUCAAAACUGGUGAAUUUGGUAGAAUUAAAGCUCGAAAUUUUAAUGGAGGCAGAUCUAUCACAAAGCAGCGACGAUGCAUAUGACAUUUCGAUUUUACCACGGGGUUUAAAGAUACUAGAGUUGGGCAAUACUUUUGGAGUGUUGUUUAAUGAGCCUUUGCUACCAAAUCAACUACCACCAAGCCUUGAGCAUUUGGAGUUUAUAAAUGGUCCCUAUAGUGCAUUUUCAAACAAAUUUAUGCCAUUAAGCCAAGAUAACAUAUUUCCAGCAUCUCUCACGCAGGUUUAUUUUGAUUCAGGUUUUAAUCAAUCUAUAGGUACCAAUGCAUUUCCAAAAAAUGGUAAAUUAAAAGAACUGGCUUUUGGUGAAGGGUUUAAUAAAGUAAUUGACCAGUACAAUAUUCCACCAAGUUUAGAAAGAUUGAUUAUAUCAAAUGAAAAUUAUCAUCAUAUACCAAUUAUUGUUAAUAAUCCAAACCUAACCAUACAGUUUGAAAGGGGUAUAGAAUUUAAAGAGAAAUGGUUAUAUUAUACAUCAAGGCCUAAAGAAUUGCUAUCAAUUUCAUUUUUUGGCCAUGAAAACUUAUUUGGUACUCAAAAAUAUUCAUUAAAAAAUAAAAUCAAUUUGGAGAAUUUAGAUCUGGGUUAUGGUUUUAGCAAAGAUAUAAACGAAAAUGAUUUACCGUUAAAUAACAAAAUCAAAACAUUAACAAUUGGUAAUUCAUUCCGUAAGGUUUUAAAUUUAGAUUAUUUUAAAAAUUUAGAAACAAUUGUAAUUGGAUUUUCAACACCAAUCAUCAAAACUUCAAAUAUAAAUAAUAAUACUCCAAAUUUCUACAAACUAAAACAAAUUAAAGUUCCAUUAUCUUCUAUUGAUUUUAUAUCUGAUUUGGAUCCAAUAUUUUAUCAGUUUUUAAAAAUUGUUUCAAAAUAA